CCGGGCUGCAGCCGCCGCUCUAGAUUUUUCUUUGCAGGUUGCUUGGGGGAAACCGCGAAGUGUUUCCGCCUCGGCCACUGAGCCACCGAAGAGCUCCCACCGUCGUUCGUGGGUGAAGGCGAGCCUCCCAUGCCCCCUUCUGUCCGAGAAUACAUACAUUGAAGUGUGGGACAAGAUAUUUAUUUAAUUUCUGUGUCAAAAUUAAAGACCUGUUAUGGCCAUGAAGAAAGAGACUGAAUUUGCCACUUUCACCUAAAGAAAAAUGAUAGACAAAAAUCAAACCUGUGGCGCAGGGCAGGAUUCUGUGCCCUAUAUGACUUGUCUGAUUCACAUACUGGAAGAAUGGUUGGGUGUGGAGCAAUUGGAGGACUACUUGAAUUUUGCAAACUAUCUCUUGUGGGUUUUUACACCACUAAUACUUUUAAUACUUCCUUACUUUACUAUCUUUCUUCUCUACCUUACUAUUAUUUUCUUACACAUUUAUAAGAGAAAGAAUGUAUUAAAAGAAGCCUACUCUUAUAAUUUAUGGGAUGGUGCAAGAAAAACGGUGGCAACAUUGUGGGAUGGACAUGCAGCAGUUUGGCAUGGUUAUGAAGUUCAUGGAAUGGAAAAAAUACCAGAAGGACCAGCACUUAUAAUUUUUUAUCAUGGAGCUAUUCCCAUAGAUUUUUACUACUUCAUGGCUAAAGUUUUAAUUCACAAAGGCAGAACUUGCCGAGUAGUAGCUGAUCACUUUGUCUUUAAAAUUCCAGGGUUUAGUUUAUUACUUGAUGUGUUUUGUGCUCUACAUGGACCAAGAGAAAAAUGUGUUGAAAUUCUGAAGAGUGGUCACUUGUUAGCUAUUUCACCAGGUGGAGUUCGAGAAGCACUACUUAGUGAUGAAACCUACAACAUCAUAUGGGGUAAUCGUAAAGGCUUCGCUCAGGUUGCAAUUGAUGCAAAAGUGCCCAUUAUUCCUAUGUUUACACAAAAUAUUCGAGAAGGAUUUAGAUCACUUGGAGGAACAAGAUUAUUUAGGUGGCUUUACGAAAAAUUUCGCUAUCCAUUUGCUCCAAUGUAUGGAGGUUUUCCAGUGAAGUUACGGACCUAUUUAGGUGAUCCCAUUCCAUAUGAUCCAAAGGUAACAGCAGAAGAAUUAACUGAAAAGACGAAGAAUGCUCUUCAAGCUUUGAUUGAUGAGCACCAAAGAAUACCAGGAAACAUUAUGAGUGCAUUGUUAGAACGUUUUCAUAGAAAACAAAAGGUCAAUUAGAAGAUGAUUUAAUACAUUUAUAUUAAUGUGUUUGCAUCUGAGGUUCCUAUCUUCUAAGUUUUGUAGGUCCUAUGAUUAGUAUUUUUUAAAAAAAUCAUGUUAUUAAUCAUCUUUCAUAGAACCAAUUUGUUUUAAAAUUGUAUUGUCAAUUUUGUUUUUGCAAUCAAUUGUGUCAAAUAGUAACUCAUAUGCCUAAUCAUUCAGAAAAUGAUCAUAUUUUAUUUAUAAAUUCCUAGUGUAUGAUAAACAUAUAGAUUCAUAAAGUUAAAUUUUUUAAUAAUGGCAGUUUAGGUUAAACAAACAUUCCUGAAUAAUGCAUCUAACUUCUAUAUCUUUUGCCCUGAGCUAAUUUUAGAAGAUGGCUUAAGGUAGGGUUUAGUGUGGUCACUUAAAUUAGAAAAACAUGCUUUUAUCUCAUGUUACCUCAUUCCCUUCAUGGUUUUGGGCAAGUCAUGUAAUGUUUUUGUGCCUCAAUAAUACACUUUUUAAAAACAUGAUAGUAUUGUGGUGAGGAAUCUUAUUUUUAAGUUCUUUAUAUUGUGAUAACUGCUGAGUAGAAAUUACAAUGGAAUUAAUUAAACCAUAUGAGAAUUCUUUAGGAGUUAUGUAUAUAUUUUGUUCAUCAGAUGUUAAAAUUAUUCCUUCAUGUAUGAUGUCCAGGGGCCAAGUACAAUGAAAAGAUGUACUGUUUUUCAAAUUGAAUUUUUGAAAAAUUAGGAAAAGUAAAAUUUCUAAUUGUUACUUUUAGUAUUUAUUAUAUUUUUAAUGAGAGCCUGUAAACAAACAGUAUAGAGUGUGCUGUGUGUUGUCAGCCCUGUGAUAUGGUAUUUUAUACUGUUGGGUUAAAAAUUACUGUCCUUCUCUGCAUUUCGUGCAUUAGAAGCUGAUUAUAAGCUGAGGAAAGCAGAGCUCUCUGCUUUUGCUCAAUAUCAUGGCUUACCCAGUUUGAAAUUGCAACCAGAGAAAUGGUUUUUUGUUUCAAUAAAAAUAUACUUGAAUGAUGAAUUUAUGUGAACACAAAGCCCUCUGAAAAACUAAUGGCUUUUAAUUUGUUGUCUUCUUGAAAACUGAAUUUAAGGAGUAUUUAAGCAGAAAGGUGUCAGAAAUCAAAUGCAGUAUCUCCCUGUCCCUUUUUAAGAUGUUAGAUUACUUGGGUUUUUGUAUAAAUUUUUGUAUUACAAGUGUGUAUUUAUGAUAUGUGUAAUGUAUAUAAAAUUAAACAACAUAAAAAUAAAGCUGAAUUGCAAUUCA